CAGGGAGGAAGUUUUCACAAAUUUUUCAAGGGUGUGAAGGUGAACAUAUCUACUGGUAAAGACACAUUUACAGACAUGGAGAGCAAGCUGAUGUUUUUGGUGGUUUGUGUGAUUGGUUGUGCAGUGUCUUGCAUUAAGGCUGAUGGACACCUAUCAACGCCAACAAAUUUAACCUCCAACAUCACCCGCAAUGAGUGUGGAAAAACCAAACUAUGUUUGGACAACCCUAAAGGAUGUGACCCUUCAGGCAGCUCUCAGUGUUUCUUCACCUCGGUACAGAUUAAUUUAACCACCCUCAAUCUGAAGGUUGAGCUCAGUGGCAACUCCAGCGGUUACAUUGCUUUAGCAGCUGGAGUGACAUCUAGUGUGGUUCAGGGCCUCAAUAUCAUCUUUGUCUGUGGCAAUAAUAAUGGCAGGUUCUUCUUCCGGACUGCAACACUCUUAAAUAAUACACUGCUGACAACAAAUGUACCCAAUGUAAGCAAUAUCCAGGGUUCAAUACAACCAAGCUUGAUUCAGUGUGUUUUCAGCAUCCCCAUUGAUGCAAACACUAUCAACUUCCUAAACAAUGUCAAUGUCAAAAAUGUCAACAUUAGCAACAUUGCUAAUUCCCAGCUGAAUGUUUUCCUUGACAUCUUCCAGGGUUCAACCAAUGGAACUGUUCUGGGAGAACCAAAAAGUGUAUUUGGGUCCUCUGUUCCAGUGAAUCUAGCUGAUGUCAACUCUACUAAUGUUGUAAGCCCCACAGCUAAUUCAAAAGCCAGCAUCUCACUCAACAGCCUACUGAGUCAUGCUGCAAUUUGCCUACUCAGUAUCUUCUUGCAUCUGAUCUGAGGGGCCUGAGAGAGACCUGAAGACUAAUCGUGCUGUGGGUGGAGUAGUAUAGAUAUGCACUAGCAUCAGCAUGUUUUCACUGGUUUCUUUCUUUAUUUGAUUCUUAGAUUAUUCACAAAUAUAUAGGAAACCCAUGUAUGUUUGACAUAUACAGGGUGUUGGACACAUAUAAUAAAGCCUAAUUAAUCUUUUAAUGAUCCUCUAACAUUAUACUGACAGUGGAAAUGGUCCUGAAAACUUUUUAAAGUUACAUUUAAAGCUUAUUAACAAACAUAAUAACAUUAAAAUACAGUGUUAUUUUU